CAACUGGCCGGUACGACGACCAAGACGGCGGCUCUUACCGCCAGUGUUUGGGCCGCGUCGACGCAGAUUGCGAGUGCGGCUGGACCCGAUUGGGGACUCUUCGAGGGUAAAUCGGCAAGUUUGUUGCAUCCCGUCAUGAUGUUCAGUCUUCUCGCCUUGAGUGUUUCGACGGCCAUUCUCGGAUUCCAGUGGCGCCGUCAGCGUACCAUGGGGGACGAAAUUUCGUCUCUCAAAAAGACCUUGGCGGAGGCGCGGGCUGCCAACGACAGCAACCAGGUCAGUGUCCUCACCGCGGCUCUCACGACGGAGCAAGACAUUGCGGCGCUCACGAACGAACGCAAAGAACUCGCCGCUGCCGGGCCCAAAGACAAACACUUUAGUCAAGGCGCACUUUUGGCCUUUUUGGGUACCGCCUUUGCCAUCGAGGGUCCCUUGAACACGUACGCGCGGGCGGGAAAACUUUUUCCUGGUCCCCACUUGUACGCUGGUGCUGGACUCGUCUGUCUCUGGGCACUGGCCUACGCUUGCGUCCCCGCCAUGCAAAAAGGCAACGAAACGGCGCGGACCGUGCACAUUGGAGCUAACGUAACCGGCAUCGCCUUUUUCGUGUGGCAGGUUACCAGUGGAAUUCCUAUUUUGCAAAAGGUCUGGGAAAAGACCCAGUGGCCCUAA